CCCAUUUAUUAUCUUCCCUAGAGGUUUAACACUCGUUCAACUGAAUUCCACGCGCUCCAUUUUCACCUUAUUAUAAGGAAACAGUUUCUCCUAAUACCUUUCAUCUAUAAACCCUAUAAAAACUUCCCAGACCUUCCAAAAUUUACAGAAAGUGACAGCAAAGAGCAAUGAAAAAUAAAUGCCGUUUCUAUCUCUCUUCAUGGUAAGAAAUUAUUUCUUCUAAGAAUUUUAGCAUUAACGAUUCUUUGUGUUCAAUAUACGGUUAUUUACUGACCAUUCUUUGGUCGUCUUGUUUCCAGAAUUCUCCUUUCCCUUCUACCUGUCCCUCUAUUAUUCCUUCCUUCUUCUCUACCACCAACAUGUUCUCCCAAUAGCCCCAAUAUAUACACACACGCACACAUCAAAAUGCUCACGGCAUUGAAAACCCCAGAAAUGAAUUGGCUUCAUUCAGUUACAGUACUUAUUUGCAUCUUGUUUCUUGGGUUUAUGCCUUUUGAGUCUAUUGCUAUUCGCUCAGUUCUUGAUAGGUUAUUGGGAUAUACAGAAGCACCGGAUUACAGAAAUGGCGUGGGUUGUCCGGCGAUGGAAGAACUAACUGAAACGAUGUCGUAUUGUGACCCUUCGUUUGUCCACAUAACUAUGACACUUGACUCGGAGUACCUCCGAGGAUCCAUGGCGGCUGUACACUCGGUCCUCCGCCACGCGUCCUGUCCAGAACACGUGUUCUUCCAUGUCAUCGCUGCUGAAUUCGACCCGGAAGUUAACCCACGGGUUCUGACCCAUCUGGUGAGAUCUAUUUUCCCUUCGCUCAACUUCAAAGUGUACGUUUUCAGAGAAGAUAUAGUAAUAAAUCUUAUCUCUUCUUCGAUCAGACAAGCACUCGAAAACCCGUUAAACUACGCCCGGAAUUACCUGGGUGAUAUAUUUGACCCGUGUGUGAACCGGGUCAUAUAUUUGGAUUCUGACGUGAUCCUUGUUGACGAUGUUCGUAAGCUAUGGAAUGUUCAGCUUAGCGGGUCACGGGCAAUCGGCGCACCCGAAUACUGCCAUGCAAAUUUCACCAAAUACUUCACCGAUUCAUUUUGGUCUGACCUGGUUUUGUCCCGUGUAUUCGGGUCAAGAAACCCGUGUUACUUCAACACGGGUGUAAUGUUAAUGGACUUGGAGAAAUGGAGAGAAGGUAAUUACAGGUUAAAGAUAGAAAGUUGGAUGAAAUUACAGAGAAAGAAAAGGAUUUAUGAGUUAGGGUCAUUGCCCCCAUUUUUGUUGGUUUUUGGUGGAAAUGUUGAACCUAUUGACCAUAAAUGGAACCAACAUGGGCUAGGUGGGGAUAAUGUUAAAGUGUCAUGUAGGUCAUUGCAUCCUGGUCCAGUGAGCUUGUUGCAUUGGAGUGGAAAGGGGAAGCCAUGGGUUAGGCUAGAUGAAAAGAAACCAUGUCCAUUGGAUUAUCUUUGGGAACCUUAUGAUUUAUCCAAGCCAAUCAGGGUAAGCACAACCAAGUGAUGACUUUUGGGUACUCCAAUUUUUUGGUUUCAUCAUUCCUUUUCUGUUAUGUGUUAUUCAUAUGAGGGGUUCUUUCAUAGCCUUGUACAGUUGAUUAGUUGGAAAGAGUAGUUUUACAGGGUCAUUGGUUGAAAUUUUGAUGAUUUUUUUUUCUGGGGGAUAAAAUUGUUGGUGGUUCCAUGGAUGGAGCAUUUUUUGGGAUUCAUUUGUAUCUGUACGUACGGACUUGAUGAGAAAAACGAAUAACAGCUUUGUUGUUCUUUC